GAAGUACCCUUUUUUAUUUUAUUUUAUUUUUUAGAAAAAAGAGGCUUUUCUUUUCCCAUUCAAUUUUUAUUUUUGUCCUUCAUAAUUUCAUCGAGUGCUAGCUUCUGCAUCUGCGAAUAAUUCUCAGAAAAAUCGAUGAUGAGAGGUUCGAAGCGUUUGGCUGUAUCGGAACCAAACCAGGCUAAUAACAACGAAACGACAUUUCAGAAUAAAAGAAUAAUGGAAGGAUCUCUCUUUGAUGUCCAUAGGGCUGAACCAUCCCAACAACUGAUGGGGGAAACACCCCAAUUGGAUAUGAAACAAGCAGAGUCAUCCCAGCAGCAUGUGAGAGCUUUAAAUACCCAGUUUGCAAGCUGGGUUCAAACACAAUUGAAGAAUCAUCCUGAUGAGCUUUGGGAAGAUGGUGUCAGGGAUUACUUAGAUCAUGCUACAAGCAUUAUGGAAAAAUUUAGCGAUGUUGUCAACUGGCUCAAAGCAAAUGCCACAAAGGCAGAAAAUUCUACUCCUGGUGCUUUUGCUGGGAAAAAGUUUGUGUCUGAAGUAACAAACAAAGAAAAUAAAAUUUUUGGAGAAAAAACUGGAUCUCCUCCUGUUAGUACUGCUACGAAUUUUGCUACCAAGACAGAAAAUUCUACUUCCGGUGCCGGUGCUUUUUUUGCUGGGAAUAAGUUUAUGCCUGUAGUAACAAACAAUGAAAAUAAAAUUUUUGGAGAAAAAACUGGAUCUCCUCCUGUUAGUACUGCUACGAAUUUUGCUACCAAGACAGAAAAUUCUACUGCCGGUGCCGGUGCUUUUUUUGCUGGGAAUAAGUUUUCGCCUGAAGUAACAAACAAAGAAAAUAAAACUGGAUCUCCUCUUGCUAGUAGUGCUGCAAAUUUUGCUAGUCCGUGGACCCCUGGGAUAUUUUCAAACAAUCAAAACCCUUUUACAUUUGGAGGGAACAACACUUCAGGAAAUCAAAGUUCAGCCCCCUCCAACUCCAAUCACAACGCUUCAGAUGAUGUGGAUGCUGAAAACGAGGAAGAGCAGCCCAGCAGCCCAUCAGUGAAGAAGUCAGAAGAGAAAGGUGUAGUAGUUGUGCAUGAAGUGAAGUGCAAGCUUUAUGUGAAGUCAACUGACCCAACAGAUAAGGACGUAUGGAAAGAUAAAGGAAUGGGACAUCUGUCCAUUAAAUGCAAAGAGGGGGUCGCCAAGGCUUCCAAAGAGUCCAAACCUACAAUUAUUGUUCGAAAUGAGGUAGGAAAAAUUCUUCUCAAUGCCUUGUUGUAUCAUGGAAUCAAGACAAAUCCACAGAAGAAUUCUCUUGUUGCGAUAUUUCAUACUUCGGGUAAUGCUGAUGGUAAUGGUGGAGAUAAUGAUAGUGUUGUUGCACGUACAUUUUUGAUUCGGAUGAAAACAGAAGAUGAUCGAAAUAAACUGGCUUCAACUAUUCAAGAAUAUGCUCCGGCAUCUUGAGAGUACAAGCACGUGAACGAGAGUUAUGAUUAUUGUGCCAUCCCUGGGCCAUCAAAAGUUACAGAGUACUAUAUCCACCUUCAAUUUUUUCCCUUUCACAAAAUUUGAAAUUUUCUUUAUAAAGUGUCAAUUUUUGAGAUUCAGUUUAGAGGGUGCCGCUUAUGUACCAUCUAAAAUCCCUUAGAUCAAUGCAAUUGUUGUUUAGGUGUGAAUGUGAUACACGAGAACAGAUCCUUUCUGGUGGGUUUUACACCGGAGAGUGUUGAGUUGAUAUCUUCACCUUUCGUUUCUCCUU